UUCAAGAUUGUUAUGUGUAUUUUUCUGUUUACAUUAUAAUCCUACAGAUUGGUCAACAAAUCUACCUCAAACUGCGCGAGAAGGAGCUGAAAUUGGAACAGGAACGUCAUGAGUUGGAACUGAGCUCUCCCUCACCGGAACAGUAGAACAGAACUCGAGAUCGGAUUUUAUUUAUUAAGGUAUAUUCAAGAAAAAUGUCUCGCCUGGUGCACAUUCUGAGGGCCGGUAAACUCGACUAUAAGAAGUCACUUAGUUUGCAAAGUACCAUUUCCUCAAUAGUUAUAAAUAACUCAACCGGACCGUUCCAAAACGUAUUGAUUCUCACGGAACAUGACCCAGUUUACACCAUAGGCAUUCGAACGAAAGAUUACGGACCGGAGGAAGAACAACGACUGACAGCCCUCGGAGCGCAGUUUGUUCGUACUAAUCGUGGAGGUCUAAUCACAUUUCAUGGACCAGGCCAGCUAGUAGCUUAUCCGUUGCUCAAUUUAAAAAACUUUCAACCUAGUAUUCGCUGGUACGUUUGUCACAUUGAAAAAACUAUAAUUGAACUCUGCCGGCAGUACGGAAUAAAAGCACAGACAACGGAAGAUACUGGUGUAUGGGUAAAAGAAAGAAAGAUAUGCGCCAUAGGGAUCCACGCAAGCAGGUAUGUGACAACGCACGGGCUGGCCUUGAACUGUAACAACGAUCUGCGCUGGUUCGAGCACAUUGUCCCGUGUGGGAUUCCCGGUAAGGGAGUAACAUCCAUGAGCGUCGAAACGGGUGACGAAUCGAGUGUGGACAGUGUUACACCUAAGUUUCUGGAAAGCUUUCGUCUAACAAUGGAAUGUGAUCUGGUCGAGAUGCCGGAAUCGGAGAGGGAUGGUUUCGUUCGAGGUAUAGGUUAGGCAAUUCUUUUUAAGUUUUUGUUGAUAAGUACAUUGGUUUUCACAGCCCAGAAGCCAAAAAUAAGCUAUAUAUGUUUUAAUAAAGAUAUUCAGGCGCUUUCAUAAUUAAAA